UUUGAGAACAACUUUCCGGUGACCAAGCGUGUUAAGGCAUGGGAAAGAGACGGCGCAACCACCAAGGAGCAGAAGGAUGAGUGGUUCCGCAGCAAGUACAAUUAUAUCAACUCGCCAAAGAAGCAGUACCGCGACGCGAACCCGGACAACUUCAAGCAGUUCGCGGUUCAGCGCAAGGAGCGUGCGGCGCAGUCCUACGGCGCGCGCAUGCAAGAAGAGAACAAGGAAAGGCGACACAACCGUGCACGUGGCUCACGCGACCCUGUCUCGCGCUUGCAGUCAUCGCCGUUGUGCGACUACAUCUAUGGGACCCAGCCGGUGCUCGCGGCAUUGAAGGCGAACCAGCGCGGAUAUCUCUCAAAGCUUUUCAUUUACAAGCCGCAAGACGACAGCUCCGUUGCUAUCAUGAAGCUUGCGCGUUCACUCGAGGUAGAAGUGGAAAUGGUGAACUCAAAACAUGACCUCAACAUGUUGACCAACCAUGCGGUGCACAACGGCUACGUGUUGGAGGCCAAGAAGUUGCAGCCGCCCGAGAUCUUAAAACUUGGGCCGGCUGACGGCGAGACUGGGCUCUUCAGCGCAGCCGUGGUAAGAACACGCGAGUCGUUUUACAACGCCCCAGCGCAGGUCACCGCGACCGAAGACACUACACAAAACGAAGAAAAGGGUGGCAUGUUCCCCUUGGGCUUGUACUUGGAUGAGAUUUCCGACCCCCACAAUAUCGGUGCCAUUAUCCGGUCCGCAUACUUUCUUGGGGUUGAUUUCAUCGUCAUGUCAGGUAAGAAUUGCGCAUCCUUGACACCGGCAGUCGGCAAGUCCUCCGCCGGUGCCCUCGAGUUCAUGAAGAUAUACGUCUCGAACAAGCCGAUGCAGUUCUUUACCGACUCCGCCAGCCAGGGUUGGACCUUUAUCUCCGCCACCACGCCCGAGUUGGCCAAGGAGGACCAGAAAAAGUACCGCGACAAGAACCCGUUGACCGCCAAGAUGCUUCCGCUCAAUGGCUUGCGUGAGGUCUUGGAAAACACACCCGUAAUGUUGGUCUUAGGGUCCGAGGGUACCGGGAUUCGCACCAACUUGAAGCUCAAGAGUGACUUUAUCGUGCAGAUUGACAGCUUGCGAGCCGGCGCUGCCAAAGAGGCGAAUGUUGAUUCUUUGAAUGUGUCCGUUGCCGCGUCUUUGUUGAUGAGUAAG